GGCUGCAAAACUUUUGUCAGUCGAUCACAAAAGCGCCAUCGAUGCUGUGGAAGCAGCUGUAGCGUAUUUAGAAGACAGUCCUUUAACCAAUGCAGGAAUCGGUAGUAAUUUGAGUAUUAAUGGCUAUGUGGAAUGUGACGCGGGAAUAAUGAGUGGUUCUACUCUUCAGUUUGCUGGUAUAGGAGCUGUUCGUAAUAUGAAAAAUCCUGUAAAAGUUGCAAGGCUGUUGUUGCAGUCACAAAUCGAUCGCCCUCUGGGUGAAUUAGGACGCGUCCCUCCAUCUGUACUUGUUGGUGAUGGUGCUCAUCUGUGGGCUGCAUCAAAAGGCUAUUCUGUUGAUAAUGGUAAUCUUGUCACAAAGCAGUCACAGGUUUCAUGGGAAAAAUACAAAAGUUGGUUAUUUAAUGAGAACAAAAUACAUGCGACUACAAAAGAUUCCCAUUUCGAUCAUCAUGGAGAUAUUCCUGAGGUAAAAAGGUCUCGUGUUCAUAGAUUUGAUACCGUAGGCGCUGUUUGUAUUGAUUUAGAAGGGAAAAUUGCCGCAGCAUCUUCUAGUGGUGGUAUUGCAUUGAAAUAUGAAGGUCGUUUAGGUCAAGCAUGUACAUAUGGUUGUGGUUGUUGGGCAGAAGAACUUGGUCCGUCUUCCAGUAUUGGGGUGGUCACUUCAGGUACUGGUGAACAACUUAUAAGAACUCAACUUGCUCAGCGUUCUGCUGAACGGUUUAAUGAUAACUCCAUCUGCGUUUCUGAUGCAGUACAUUCCUCACUUACUGAUGGAUUUCUAGAUUCAAAAUAUCUUUCCUAUGACAUGGAGAAGUUUGCUGGAGUUGCCGGAGUAUACACUAAUUUCGACCGAAUUGACUUUCCUAAUGUAGAGGUGUUUUUUGGUCACUCAACGCGAUCAAUGAGCGUUGGUCAUUAUUUACCUAGUAUUAUGAAAAAGCCAUCUGUCCACGUAUCACGGAAACUAAUUGAUAGACCUACACACAGAGAAGUUUUCGCAUAUACUGUUUAG